AUGCAGCUCGAUCUUGUAGCACGUUAUUAUUACUAUGACUAUUAUGACGACUAUCUGAGCUGGUAUUACUUGCGGUGGUUGCUUUGGCUUAUUGUUCUUCCUUUCAUUAUUAUAUUUGUAAUUUGGUUACGCAGAAGACAUAACAAGAAGCAAAGAGUUAUGGCCCCUAACAACCAGUACUAUCAUGAUCAGCAGAUGGCAUAUGGACCACAAAUGAUGCAAUAUCCUCCUCAACAAUAUCAUCAAGGUUAUCCAAUCAAUGGCUACAACCAAGGUUACCAGAACAAAGAAGCCGGAGAAUGGAACCAGAACAAUAAUGGACUCAACCACGGAAACCAGUCUACUGGUCCAAACCACGAGACAAACCCGAAUGUCUCUGGCACGACCCAGGAAGUAGCCCAGAACAGGACUGGCAAUUCUGGAAUCGGUAACGAUGACUACAACCGCCAUUACAAUUUGGGUACCGAACCUACAGGUGAAUUUACAUCACCAACCUCUCCUCAGGAACCUCAAAGAGGCUACACCCGGAUGUAG